AUGCUGACUCCUGACUUUCUCCAUGAGAACUACCAAUGUGGCUACCAGGUCACAAGGACAACAACUCCCAACUAUCCCAGCUUCAUUUUGUCCUCAGCCAAGGUCAAUGGCUGGCAGGAAUGCCAGGAUCGAUGUACGGUUGAUCCAAGUUGUGAGUGCACUGUAUGGGCGCUGGACGGUACAUCAAGGCGCUGGGCGCUGGUCAUUGACAGAGCGUUGGGAGCUGCGAGGUAUGACCCAAUCUACUCCACUUUCCUGAAAGACAAAGAUGCUUUGGUGAGGGUGCAGACCACAACCACCGAAGAGGAAAGGCGCUGGAUUCCGGUGGUGGUCACGGAUGAAGACACAACUAAGAAGGACUGGUUUUGGGAAAUGGAUCGAUUGGACAAAGGGAUAGGCCACACAGCUCUUCGGGCAGCCGAGCGAGUGAGAAGAGAAAGAAGAAGGCCGGUGGCCAGGGCAGUUCGCUCGCGUUUGGCCGGACACUUGGGAGGACGCGUUGAAUUCGGCUUCGCGAAGGAUUGCGAUUUGAAGAAGCCCAGGAUAAGAAGGAGAAAAAGGACAAGAAGAGUAAGAAAGAGAAAAAGGAAAGAUGAUGAGAAGGAAAAGAAGCGGGCUGAGAGGGCGGAAACUUGGAACUGCGAGCGAGGUGAUGCGGUCCGACAGAUUGGUGCCCUGCUUCAGCUUGAUGCGGCGGUGGAAGAGGAACUGGAUGGGGUCUUUGAGGCCAUCGAUGAGGGCGAAACGGUGCGGAUUGACGGCCUUCAGAACAAGCAGGCGCGGAAGAAGCUGCGUCACUUAUUGCAGGCUUUCCGUUUGACACAGGAAGAGAAUGGCCAAGCCUACAGAAGCUGCGAGCUUAAAGUCUCCUUCAAGAGCAUCUAUCAAGAGUGCCUCAUCAGGGCGAAGGAGCACUUCGUCGCGAAGCCCGUGGAUGUGGAAGAGCCCGAGGAAGAAGAACCCGACCAAGCUGAACCGGAGGCUUUCGACCCCCGUGCUGGAUACUCGGGUGAAGCGGAGGAAGCAGAAGCAGCUCCUCCAGCUGCACGAAUUCGAGGGCCUCAACUGCCUGGAGCAACCGUGGGCGCAUCUGAGUUGCACAGCGGUUCCGAAUCAGAUGGGGAAGCUGGACCUCGCGGGGAAGGUGAAGAAAGAGAAGGUGUGGAUUUGAGAUAUGCGGAUCCAGUGCAAAGUGGCAGGGAAGAAUGGAUGACGAUGGCGCCUGAGAGCAACUUUCAAUCAACCAAUCUCGUGGAACGCUUUGCUAUGUUGUCUCAUAGGUGCACUGCUGCUUCAUGA